AUGUCGUGGUCGACAGCGGGUUUGACUCUCGCAAGCCGACUUUCCGAAGAUCCUUCUGUGUCCGUCCUUGUCCUCGAAGCCGGAGGUUUCGAUCCUGACGAUCAACUGAUAUUGCGUCCUGCACAAUACGGUGCGCAUUUUGGUCAAGAUGAAUACGUUUGGCAGUUUAAAACGGUUCCCCAGGAAAAUGUUGCAGGAAGGCAGAUUGGAUGGGAGCGAGGCAAAGUUCUUGGAGGUAGUUCCGCGGUCAACUUCUUAGCAUGGACAAAACCUGCCAAGGGGGAUAUAGACGGCUCGGAAAUGUUGGUUGGAACUGGGAAAGCUUUAGCGAAACCGUUUCCAAGACAAUCUCCGUUACUCCUCCAGAAACCUCAGCAGCAGAACCCGGGCGAGCCAACAAUUUGGAAAGUUGGAAUGGAUAAUAUUCUCAAGGACCUCUGCAACUAUCUUUUCCGCGCACUUUACUGGAUGAUUUUGGUAGAAAUAACCACCAUGCUAACUAGUCGGUACCAGGCUUUGGUCAAUUCGGGUAUUCAGAAAGCUCCACAGCCGCCCCACGGCACAUUCUUCACUUUGAACACGUUGGAUCCGUCAUCGAAUAAUCGCUCUUACUCGACGAGCUUUUUCCUUCGAAACUCGGCGCGUCCAAAUCUUUCCAUUCUUCUAAACGCAUACGCUACGAAACUGGAAAUUCCUAGCUCUGAAGGGGAUUUGACGGCAACAGGAGUCGAGUUCAUCCACCGGGACAAAUCCUGUGUUGCGCGUGCAGAUAAGGAAGUGAUUCUUUGUGCCGGAGCCUUGAAAACUCCUCAGAUUCUGGAACUUUCUGGGAUUGGACGCCCCAACGUAUUGAAGCAAGUCGGUAUUACUCCGUGUCUUGAUCUCCCUGUGGGUGAAAAUGUGCAAGAGCAUGUAUUUGUUUCACUGACCUAUGAAUUGAAAGACGGUGUACCAGAUGAAACUCUCGAUGUCCUCAACAAUGAAAUCCAACGGCAGCAGCAUAUUGAUCUUCAUUCUAUCUAUUCAGACACCAUUGAAUCUCUCAAAGCAAAAAUAGAUCAAGGAAGAUACCCUCCAGGAGCUACGGAGACUCUCAGAAUGCAAAUACAAAAGGUUGAAAAUCGGACUUACCUGGAUUGCGAGAUUGCAACGUUACCCGCCUUCUUUUCAGGCCCCAACCCUCACAGGCCAGGCAAGAAACAUUUCACGGUCUUCUGCUUCAAUAACAGCUUAUUCUCGAGGGGAACGGCGCAUAUAACCUCAAGUGAUCCUUCUGCGCAUCUGGCAUACGAUCCCCACUAUUUCGAAGAUAAAGCAGAUAUCGAGGCACUAGUUGAAACAGUGAAAUUCGCUAGAAAAGUGUGCCGAACUGCUCCCUUCAAGGAUGUCCUCGACGAGGAACCGAUAGAAGUUAAUCCGGGUCUCGAGGUCCAGAAUGACGAGGAGAUUUCGGGCAUGCAAUAUUAUAAUUCUUGGAUCAAACAGAUCCUUUCCUCAACUUACCACACGGUCGGAACUGCCUCGAUGCUUCCAAGGGACAAGGGCGGGGUGGUAGACUCAAAACUCAAGGUGUAUGGCACCACCAAUAUUCGCGUCGCGGACCUGUCCAUCGCGCCCAUGCAAGUUUCCUCGCAUACACAAUCACUUGCCUACGGAAUUGCUGAGAAAGCGGCGAUAAUCAUUCGAGGCCAGACUUAA